GAGUGUUUCAGGCUCGCUCUGCCAAUGGUAUUCACCUUUGCCUCUCUGCACCCAAGCAGAUGCUGGGUCCUGCACUGGGCGGAAUUUCCCACCGUCCGCACAUUUUAGUACGGAUGCUGAGUCCCGCGUACUCCCCCAGUUCGUCCGAUAGGGCGAGAUACACACGCUUUGUCGGGCCCAGUGGGAUUUUAUCACCCUCCUAUUUUCGGCGCCGCAUCAACCGCUUUUGAGACGCACGCUGAACACCCGUCUUUCGGUGCCCCUUCUCCACAAGAUCAAGGCACUUUCUGUCAUGAAAUUCUUUUCCCACCCAUCAGCACAAGCAUCGCAGCCGAUUAUACAAUUACACUGGGAACAGAGCCACAAUGACGAGCCCUGACUCGCAAACGGAAGAAUUGGAUGAGAAAUAUCGCCACACCAUAUCCAUCCAUGGGCGCGAAUACCAGAAGUAUUCGAUUGAUAACGAGAUAUCCUUUCAGCCAGUCGACGACGACGAAGCGGACCGGCUCGACCUUCAACAUGAUGUCUUCAACGAGGUUUUCGAUGGCCGGCUGAUAUUCCCACCUAUUCCGCAACCCCGAAGGGUUCUUGACUGUGGCCAUGGUGCUGGGUCCUGGGCUGUCGAGGUGGCAGAACAAUACCCAAGAUGCGAGAUAACCGGUGUUGAUAUAUCUCCUCAUAUGAACUCGGACGGUGUACCGGAGAACCUGUGGUUUCAAGUCGACGAUUUGAAUCGCCCCUUUACCUUUCCCUCCAACCACUUCGAUCUCGUUCAUUCAAGAAUGAUGGCAGCGGGUAUCAACCGAUCCAGAUGGCCAUCAUAUAUUCGAGACAUUAAAAGAGUGUUGAAGCCGGGUGGUUGGGUCCAGUUGGUCGAAAUUUACUUCAACGUUCAAUCGGAUAAUGGUUCGCUCACGGAGAAACAUGCGUUGAGAAAAUGGAGUACCCAAUUCAUGAGAUCUAUUGGGGAUGUCAAGGAUCUUCGUAUAGGCACACGGCUGAGAGACCUCUUGCUAGCAGCCGGGAUGGAGGAAGUUGAAUCUAGAAUGAUUCCUCUUCCCCUUUCUGCUUGGUCUAGCGAAGCGAAGAUCCGAGAUAUAGGUGCAGCCAACCGCGAAAGCGCCAGACAACUGCUUCCUGCACUUGCACUUUACCCACUGACUCAACGCCUGCACAUGCCGCAUGACCAGUUUCAGCAGUUGAUUGACCAAGCUCAGAAAGAGGCUAGCAAUCUAAGCUUGAAAGCCUAUUUCCCCUUGUACGUUUGUAUCGGACGGAAGCCAUUAUAGAGGGGUUUAGGGCUCGAGUAGUGGUCUCAGGGCGAGCCUGCGUCACGGCAGAUCAGGGAGUCGCUGGCCACAACGAAAAUUGGCGUUUUUGGACAUAGAAGACUGACUUCCCCGUUAGAAUUUAAAAUUGGCUGGACAAUGGUCAGUCGAAAGGGAUUUCCUCCAACGCAU